AAAACGUAUCUCACAAAACGAUCUCGAUCACAAGGUAUAUUCAUAGUCACCUUAUGUUAUGUACACAUUAAUAGGUGUGUAAUGUUUGAAUAAUAAGAUAUGGUGGUUAGGAAGUUCGUAUUCAACAUAACAUCUGUGUAUACCGCCCGAUUCCACACUCCAUGAUAUCGUAAAAGUGAACGUGAACAAAUACACGCAGAGAAGGAUAGUCGUUGAAGAAUUGCUGAAUUGGAUAAAAGCGUGAACUAAGAAAAGUCAGCCAUGACGCAGGAAUGCGUAUUAAUUUCAACAUCACGUCCAUUUUAAUCAGUAAUUAUCAGGUGACACAGGGAGGAUAAUAAUUUAAGUCGAGUUUAACAAUUCGUGUCAUAUGAAGAUGUUGCAUUCAGCAUCACCGGAAAAGUGAACAGGAGAUAAACUUAUCAGCAGAAAAUUGGCCACUGUUUUAAGCUUUCAUUGAUCGACAAAAUGGAGCAACAAGAUGACGAGAAGACGAGUCUACUAAACAGAAAAUCCGAAGGAAGUUUACCUCCAAAUUUCCCUAUUGUCAGAGCAUGGAUAGUUUCAGGUGUAUCAGUUGUAUUUUACAUGAUGGCAGCCGUGUCUUUGACACCAGUUAUGUCCCAGUACGUGGUCCAAAGAUUAAAGGAGGCAAAAUUCAAUGCAACAUUUUUAAAUAUCACAGAUAAUGAUAUUUCAAGUCCUUGUGGAAACCAUUCAAAUCUUACCGAAUUUGGUCGUGUGGAGCAAGAAGUCCAGAAGGAGGCGUCAAUGUUGACCCUGUAUUAUUCACUUACAGCGGGUUCUUCUGCAAUACUCAUUAACAUCUUCAUGGGACCACUCUCCGAUUCAAUCGGUAGAAAGACCAUUUAUUUGAUUCCCGUGAUGGGGGUUUUAUGUAAAAAUUUAAUUAUAAUGUUUAUCGUUUACUAUAACAUGAAUUUGAAUUAUUUCUAUUUGGCAUAUGGAAUUGAUGGUUUAUGUGGGUCGUAUUAUGCUGUGUUAGUAGCUAUGUUUUCUUACAGUGCCGAUAUUACAGUUCCUGGGAAUUCAAGAACCAUUGCCAUAGCAGUCUUAGAAGGAUGUUUAGCUGUAGCUGCUUCAGUAGGACAACUUGCUACCGGAUAUCUCAUAAAAUCUACCGGAUUCUUUUAUCCCAUGGUUAUGGUAGUUUGUAUAAGUGCUUUGGAUAUAGUGAUUGUAUUUUUUUUAUUACCCGAAACACUCACAGUCAAAAGGAAAGCAGAAAAAUCGCCUUUGAAAAGUAUAAAAAAGGUGUUUGGAUUUUACUUUACCGAAGGAAGUAGGAUUAAAAGAUGUGCUUACCAAACUGCAUUGGGUGUAUUCUUUUUUAGUGUCGUUACAACGCUGGGGCGAACUUCCUUAGAAACUAUAUAUCAGCUUGGAGUACCAUUUUGCUGGGACUCUAUCAAAAUUGGAUAUUACGGUGCAGCCAGGUUGACAAUAUCGUUCAUUUGUGGUGUUUUGGCAUUGAAAAUAUUACAAAAAUUUUUACGAGAAGAGAUUAUCAGUAUUAUUAGCUGUUUAUCAGCUAUAGCAGGCUUUUUGUUGGAAGGAAUGGCUGACACAAGUUUGCUAAUGUACUUAGUGCCCUUGGUAUCACUAAUUGGAGCUGCUUCUAUACCAAUAGCUAGAUCUAUUUUGUCUAAAAUGGCCUUACCGUCACAGCAAGGGUCAUUAUUUGCUAGUAUAGCAAUCGUUGAAACUAUAUGUAAUAGCACAUCUAAUUUACUGUAUAGUGCUGUAUAUAAUGCUACUGUAGAAUAUUAUAAAGGAAUUGUUUGGUUUAUGAUGGCUGGUAUGGCUUUGAUAGAUAUAAUAUUCUUAAUAGCCUUUAUAUGGAUAUCAGGCAAAGGUGGUGAUAUCUAUCCAACUUAUGAAAUCAAGGUGACCGUGAACGAUGAUAGCUAUGGUAGCAGCGAGAAGCCUAAUGUUUAUUGAUUGAAUAGAAAAAUAAAUAGUUUUUAAAUGGUUCCGUUUAGUCCAAAUAGAAUUAAGUUUCAGUUUUAUAUUGUUCCGAAACACAGCCAUUGUUUCAAUAUAUCGCCCAUGUCAGUUGUUUUCUUUUUAAAAUAAGAUACUUUUCAAUUCAACGUCAUUUGAACAGGUUUCAUAAUGUUCAUUGUGCCAGGUCGAUAUACGUAAUGUAUAAAUUAUUUGUUUGUUUAUUUUUUAAUUGCAUUGUAUAUAUUGUGUUAUUAUUGUCUUUUUCUACUAUCUGUAUUUUAAAACUCCUUCUCCUUGCGUGAAAACGCAUUUUGGAUUGAAUGUUAUGAGCUAUUCCCAUAAAACUAAUACUAUAAUAUGUCAUAAUAAUACUAAUCUCAUUCAAAUUAUUAUUAUCACAUUUAUAUUAUAAAAUCUGUGCAUCUAGGCUGGUUUUAAACUUACUUAUAUGUUCUCUUGUUAAUUGCGGAGACUGAACCGAAUCCAGGACAAGAUAGCCUUCAUACAAGUAAUAUUACAGUUGUUCAUAACAAUGUAUGUAGUCUACCACCUAAAGUCGAUUUGAUUACAUCUGAAUUUUCGAAGACAUGGUUUAACGCAUUCAAAAGAUGAUAUGUUAUAUGUAUAUAUUUUGAUUGAUUCUUUUAAAUUCGCAUUAGAUACAGAUCCCCCGCAUCAAUAGUCUGUCGUCCUUUUUGAUAAUCAUUACUAUCUGAUGCAUUGGACUGUGGUUGUCCAUUAACAAGUGAUGCUAAAUUUUAUAGAUACACAAUUACAGGAUUUUGUUUUUCCCUCAGGCUCAGAUAUCCUCACUCCAAUCUA